CGCGCGGUGACAGCCUCCCCCCAGCAUCCGGGGCCGGCGCUCCCCGCGCUCGCUGCGCCCCAGGCUCCUUCCCCCGCUGCGCGGCGCCGUCCGAGGAGCAGGCCGGGGGCUGCCCUCGCAGGGCGGCGCGGGGGGCUCGCUCGGCCCCGGUCCCGGGAGACGCGAGGAUGGGCUGAGCACCGCGGGGGCCUCUCCCCGGACUUGGGGGACCCGCGGCCCGGCCAACACCCGUCCUGCUAGUAGAGGGAGCGGUGGCGCCGCCUGCCCGGCCCGGGGCUCGGCGCAGAGCAGCGAGGCGGGAAGAGACGGACUCCGCAGGGCCAGGCUUAGCUCCCGCCCGGCCCGAUCCCCCAACCGCAGCGGUGAUUCCGGGCGCGCUGCAGCCGGGCAGCCCAUGGCAAAGAGCAGGUGGAUGCGAGCAUGACUCGGGUGAUUAAUAUUCCAGCAGCGUGCCAAGCUUUCCUCGCUCGCUGCACCAAAUCCUAGCAGCCUCCGAGCCAGCACCAGCAUCGCCGCUGCACCAAUGGUUCCCGGCCCUGCGGCUCUCUGCGCCUGGCACCUGGCCCUGCCUCGCUGAGCGUUACCAUGUGGCUUUGGUACUUAGCGCCUGGUCAACGCCUGGGGCUGAGCUGCGGGAGAGUCUGGCUCCUGGUCCUCUUGCUGCUGGGUUGUGACCUUGCCCGGGAAGGGGGGUCGGUCCUGAACUGCCCCCCAAAAUGCGUGUGUGCUAGCAACAUCAUCAGCUGCUCCAAGCUGGGCCUCGGAAUCAUCCCCACUAAGCUGCCUCGCUUCACAGCCAUCCUGGACCUCAGCCACAACAACCUGACCCGCCUGCGGGCGGACUGGACCCCCGCCCGCCUCCCCCACCUCCACUCCCUGCUGCUCAACCACAACGCCCUGGGAUUCAUCUCCACCGAGGCCUUCUGCCACGUCCCGCACCUGCGGUACCUGGACCUCUCCUCCAACAGCAUCAAGGCGCUGGAGGAGUUCCUCUUCAGCCAGCUGCAGGAGCUGGAGGUGCUGCUGCUCUACAACAACCAGAUUGCCCAGAUGGACCGCAGCGCUUUCGAUGACAUGGCCAGGCUGCAGAAACUCUACCUGAGCCAGAACCAAAUCUCCCGCUUCCCCAUGGAGCUGGUGAAGGACCGGGCCAAGCUGCCCGACCUAGCCCUGCUGGACCUUUCUGCCAACAAAAUCAAGGGCCUGCCAGUCGCGGCCCUGAAAGGCCUCCCUGCCUGGAUGAAAAACGGCCUCUACCUCCACAGCAACCCGCUGAGCUGUGACUGCGGGCUGUACGAGCUCUUCACGCACUGGCACGCACGCCAGCUCAGCUCGGUGGUGGACUUCCGGGAGGAGCUGGUGUGCAGCCUGCCCCUGGCCAAGCGCAGUGUCAGCAUCUUCACCCUCAACAGCCAGGACUCCCUCAACUGCAGCGAGUUCAAGGAGCAGAUGCUGGAGGCCUACCUGGGGGACACGGUGACCAUCGAUUGCGACACCAAGGUCCGGGGGGCGACCACCAGGGAGUGGGUGACCCCAAACAACAGGCGCUUCCCGGAGGAGACCGCCAACAGCACCAUGACAGUGCUGGGCAAUGGCAGCCUGCAGAUCCGCCUCAUCCGGGUGGAGGACAUGGGCACGUACACCUGCUAUGCAGUCAGCCAGGCCUUCAAUGAGACCCUCUAUGUGGACGUGAUGGUCCACAACUUCACCCAGCACGGAACUCACGACACGCUGAACACUGCCUACACCACACUGGUGGGCUGCAUCCUCAGCGUCAUUCUGGUGCUCAUCUACCUGUACCUGACACCGUGCCGCUGCUGCUGCCGUGGCAACGAGAAGCUGGCCGCCCAACCAGAGGACAGCAUCAACUCCUCCAUGCUCAGCACCACGCCCAACCACAACCCCGAGGUGGCCGUUCGCAAGGGAAGCCUCAGACACCUCGCGGCUUCCGGCCCCAUGCAAGGCCAGAACGGUAAGGUCAAACCCAACAGCACGCCAGAGCAGGCGGCCAGAAGGGCCCAGAAGGCCCCCAGGAAAAUGUCAGACCCGGACUCUGUCAGCUCUGUCUUCUCGGACACGCCCAUCGUAGUGUAGGUGUACGGAAGACGCGGAGAGGUGGGAAUGUUGGAGAGCGAGUGGACAAGGACAGGUAGUGACCCUCCCCUAGAGUGCAGCUGGCCAGCGGGGCAGGGGCUGGGCCCAGCAGUGGGGUGAUGGGUCUCCAUGCACAUGGCACAACGCUGCUGCCAGGCGCUGCCUCCCGCUGUGCAGCACUGAUCUUGCCAGCACCCCAAUGAACAUUGUCCUCCCAUCAGCAGAGCCCAAGCGGCAAGCAGAGCCCGGCAGUCCACUCCCUGCAGCCGCCCCCAGCCCUUGACGAGGAACUCCAGCCAGAGCUUUGCAGAGUCCCACCAAGAAAUGAAACAUGCAGCAGGGAUAUGGCGCCAGUGCCCCGCAGAGCUGAGAAGGUGGGGCAGGGGGUUGCUGCUGAAAGAGCCCAUGCUGCAAUGCUGGGGCAAUCCUUCCUUACUGUUCAAGGGACAUCCCAGGUCUGUUUCUGACUACCUUGGCACGAAACCAUGCUCAUCUCUGAGGUGUCCCAGCACCACAACCUUGGCCUGUAUCCGCCAUUUGAAGGUCACCUUCUGCUUUAUAGCUUGGCCACUGAAAGCCUUGACAUCCGUUGGGGACCAGCGUGUGGGAGCAGGGGGUCUCUCUUCUGCUACCAAACAGCCUCUUGCUAGAUACCCCCUUUUAGAACUAAGGCAACCCAAAGAUUUUCAGCUCCAUCAGGAUGAAAGCGGGAACUUAGGACACAGUGGGGCAUGAUCAACACCAGCUGGUCCCCCAGUGAGCUCUCUGGCUGACAGCCUAAUGAUCAGAUUCCCAUUCCUAAUUACAAUGAUACAUCAAGGCACAAGCUGGGUUUCCGGGACAGCUAUUCGCAUUGCAGAACAUCAGCAACCCCUUGGCAGGCUGUGCCGUGGCUGCCAGGGAGGCACUGCGCCUCUACCCGUUCUGUACGGCGCUCGUGUGGGCUGUCCCAGCGAGCCAAGGGGCUGCGUGCUCCAGGGAUGUUAGGAAGGGGAGCUGGUAAUGGGGUCUGCUGAAGGCAGCAGGCAGAGCACAGGAUCCCUGCAGGGAAGGGGGGUUGGGAACUGUGAUCAGACAUAGCAGCACUUCCGAGCAGACAUGGGGGGUGGGGCCCCCAAAAUAUGCUCCUGCUCCUUCUACAUCCCCCCCCCCCUUAAGCCUCCCCCACCCCCAUGAUCCAGGUGGCUUUUCUCUCUGCCCAGCUACAAAUUGAUUCCAUCCUAUAUUUCCUUUUCCCUUUUCCUGUCACCUGGGAGAGUCUGGGCCCUCCCCAGUGGGGGCAGAAGAGCAGACUGUCCCCUUGCAGUGGUCCCUUUGCCUGCCCCCAUAUGAGGGGGACAGAGAUGUGGUCUUGACAUGGACAUCCCAGCUCUGAGCCUGCUAGCAACAAACUCACCCAGCACAGGCCAGCUGGAGGUAGGGUUUGGUCUGUGCACCAGGUACAGCUAGAGGACUCUGCGUUAAGCAGGCGCUAUCCGUAGAGGAGAUAGCAUUCCCCCUUUCCCUCAGACGAGGGGGGGUCCCAGAGGGAGGGUGCUGCUGGACAUGAAGGUAGGGGGAGCUAAUCAGAUGCCCAUGGCUGUCUGGAUGUUACCUUGUGGGGAUCCCACCCAGCCUACAGCUGGUUCUCAAGCCGUCCGUUCUACUAGUGGCUCUCUUAGCUUCAGGGAGCAGGGGGUGAACAAAGGUGGGCAAGAGCAGCCCAGAGAGAUUGGGGUAGAGGGAAGCCUGCACUGAUCUCUCUGGCCAUGAAUAGCAUCAUCAGCAAAGAGUGGCGAGCUCCAUGGUACAUUGCAGUGGACUCUCCCUGGAGCCCUAGAUAUCUUCUUCACUGCCCCAGCUGGCAUCGCCCUGGGGGUUGUCCGAGCCUGCGAGGGGCCCAAGGUGAUGGCUGGCACAAGCAGAAGGAGCACGAGGCACCAUCUCCUCCAUCACACUCAUCAGCCCGAGAACGGGGCUCAGCUCUGGGACUCAUCUAAAUGCUUUUCCUGGCAUGUUAUUGUGAAGCAUGAGUCCUCCAAGAGAAGCAUGCGAUCCAGGUGAGACCAGCCUGCAAGCCACACAGCAGGGAGCUCGGGGGGAGGGGGCAGAGCAAGGGGAGGGUAUGUGUGAAAGGGAUUGUGCCGGGAGGGGAGGGGGGAGGAGGAAGGGGCGAUUUGGCCCUGAUGGGCUGGUUUUGUGCGACUGAGAUUCAAUCCUGGCACCUGUGGAACCACAAGGCUGCCUAGCUGCCCCUCCCCCCCCCACCCGUGCAGUCACUUCCCCUCCGCAUCCCCCCCAAAAGCCCUGCUAUCUUGCAGCCUCAUUGUGAGCUCCCCGAAUACCACAGCCACCUGGGUGCUAGGCAGGGAGCGCCCCGGGCAGGCUGAGGCAGCUGCAGGAACGGGGGGAGGGAACAGGGAGACCUGACUCAGGGGAGGUCAGUGCCCUCCACACACUGGUUCCCAUGUCUGCCUGGCCCUCCCUGGAGUGACACGCGUACGCUGUCGCACACAGCUUUCCCCCUCCCCCCUCUCCCCCCGUACAAUCGCAUCUGUGCAAGGGCAUCCAGCCCAGUUCACGUGCUCAGCGGGCGGACCUGUGGGCUGGUGUGUGGCUUGGCACACAGGGCCGAGCAGCUGUGCUGUGUGCAUGGGGCUAUUGUGAGCGUGGAGCUCGAAGGGGGCCGAGUGACUCUGCCGGCUCGUGUCUGGGAGAGGUCAGAGAUGGGGAGUGAGACUGAGCACAUGGGUACCUUGCUAGGGGUGUGUGCAUGUCUCCGUGUGGAUGAGUGCACAAGUGUGCAUGGGGGUGUUGCAUACCUGUGUGUGUAUGGAUGCAUGUGUGUGCUUGAGAGCACACACAAGUAUGCAUGGGGGUGUACGUGUGUGUGCACAUUCUCACUCACACACACACACACACACACCCCAUUCAAAGACCCAGCCUCCAAACACUGCUGCUCCCCUCCCAGCUUGCCUGCCAGAAGCUGUGGGCGCCUCUGCAUGUGACAGGAAGCAAAGGGGAUGAGAUCCCCUAAGGCCCGGGGAGCACAGCCCACUGUCCAGACCUAUGGCCAGAGCUGCCAGGAAGAGCUAUGCCUAGCUCUCCAGCAGCCCCUUCAAGAGCCAGACUGCCCGAGAGAGCAGUUCAGGGCUGCAGGGCGAGUGAGGCUGCUGGCUGGGCUCGUGUCUUGCACUGCCCCCUGACUUGCUGAGAGCCCUACCCAUGGGCCAGGACACAACUCAGCCCCAUGGAGAGACCCCCAUGUAGGGGCUGUGCCACUGCCCAGUUGGGAGACGCCAGGGACAGCAGGGUUAGAGAACUGAAAAGCUCCCUGUGGUGCUGCUCCCGGGAACAGAAAGGCAGGGGCAGAAGCAGAGAGCGGGAGCCCUGGGUUCCGUGCGCCAGCUUGUGUGCUGGGCUGUCCCACAGGCUGUGUGCUGUGGCCUUGCGAGGGGAUGCGGGGGGAUGUUGCCUUACUAGAAUGUGCAUUAGGGAGCCAUUGGUGAGCCCCAGCAGGGCCCGAUAGGCAAACCCUAGAUGCUUGAUGGUGCAGCCUGCUCUGAGCUCCUCACCAUGGCUGUGUGCCUUGACAGGGCCAUGCAGAAGGAUGCAGAAGGGAAGAAAGGACUGCUCUGGGCAGUCAGAUCUCCAGUGCCCUGUAUCCUAUUCCCCUCCCCCUGAGCUGGCCAGUCCACCAGAUCAGAGCCAGUGCCCCAGAGAGGGAAAAGGCCCAAGAGCCUAUUCCCCACCCCCAAGCCAGCCAGUGUCUGUUGCAUCUGACCAGAAGAUUGUGUCCCCAUAGCCUGAGCUCCAACCUCAGUAGCCCCUUGGUGAGCAGCUAGAGCCUUGCCUGCUUUCAUGGCACCGGAUGACACUGUGCAUCAUCAAUCGUUCCUAAGGCCUUUCCUCCCUUUAGUCCUGCGCAGGCAGAAGGGGAAGCCCCCCACUCUCUUUCCCAUUGUAAAUAAACAAGUGGCUGGAAGAUUCACCCACUGGCCGCACAACUACCUGCACAGAAAGAGGGGCCUGGGGAACAGGUCUGGGCAACCCCCCGGCCUGUGUCUGCCACACAGGGAAGGCUGACAGGAUCCUACUGGAAACAGGCAAAUGAAGCCCACCAAGAGCAUGGGAGAGCUCUCCUCCCCCCAUCCCUGCCACAUCCCAGGAGAUAUAGCCCCCAAAAAGACAGGACUGAGAUCACGGCAUGCAAGACUGGCCACCCUUGCACUUACUAAUCAAUGGGCAGAUUCUAGAAGGUGCUGAGCACCUUCAACUCCAUCGCCCAACACCAUGAAGGAUCAGGCCCCUGAUCUGGAUGCCUCUCUCUGCUAGUGCCCGACAGCUGAUGCUAGAGAGGCAGGACACCCCUUCCCCAUGUCCAGGGGUCCACCCUGUGAGGGUAUUGAUGGAGGGGCACCCCUCCCCCAAGCAUCCUCGCAGCUCUGCCUCAAUACACCGCUUGAUACCAGGAACAGGGGCUUGGGGGCAGCCAGGAACGGAGUGGUGAUGCUGGGUCACCGCUCAGAGGAAGGAAGCUGGAGAGGGAAACCCACAGGGCAGGGCGGGGGCCCAGCAUGCUGAACAGAGAGCCUGUACCCUAAAGGGGUCCCUGGCAGUGGACAGGAGCCCCCAGGAGGGUUAAGGGAGAGCAGAGAGGGGGCAGGAGAAGCUCUGGUUCCACGGGGUGGGGGGGGGAAGUGUGUGUCUGUGUGUCUAUGUCUGUGAGUGCGCAGAGGGAGGUGUCCCAGUUAACCGCUGUGUCUGGGGAGCCUCCAGGCUAGGUCAGAGGUGGCUGCUCUGCUCCCACCAGGCUAGGGCCAGACAGCUCCAGGCAGAGCCUGGCCACUCCUGCCCCACUCUGUGGGCUUGCAGGCCCCAUGAAUGUUAUUCUGCCCUGCACGGGAUGUGCAUUCUGUUCUCCAUUUCAGCCAGAGCCGCCAGGCCCGCAGUGCACACGGGCUGCAGCUCUCUCUGGUAGGCUGUGCUCUGACGCAUAGACAUAGGCGAAAAUAAACAUGUUUUAAGGUUCUGCA